UGUUUUCAUCAUACACAUCCAUCCCUCGGAAACCCGGGCCCCGUUGGCAUAGCGCCUCCAUUUCCCAGACUACAUUGCUUCUUGCACAUCCGCCAUAUUGCCUUCGUCUAAACGCGCUGACUGGAUCCGCUCGUACCCACAACUGAAAAUUGUUGCAGUGAUGACUCAGACAGUUCAGACCAACGGGGUUCAACCCCUCAGUAAGACCUGGGAACUGAGUCUGUAUGAGCUACAGAGAACUCCACAGGCACAGGAGGCAAUAACAGAUGGACUGGAAAUAGCAGUGUCGCCCAGGUCCCUGCACAGUGAACUCAUGUGUCCUAUCUGCCUGGACAUGUUGAAGAACACAAUGACAACCAAAGAAUGUCUGCAUCGCUUCUGCGCUGAUUGUAUCAUCACAGCUUUAAGAUCCGGUAAUAAAGAGUGUCCUACCUGUCGUAAGAAGCUGGUGUCCAAGAGGUCGUUGCGUCCAGACCCUAAUUUCGACGCUCUGAUUAGCAAGAUUUAUCCCAGCCGAGACGAGUACGAAGCCCACCAAGAGAGAGUGUUGGCUCGCAUUAGCAAACACAACAACCAGCAAGCCCUGUCCCACAGCAUAGAGGAGGGGCUGAAGAUACAGGCUAUGACCAGACUGCAGCGCGGUAAGAGACACACAGUGGAGAAUGGUAGCGGAGCUGAGGACAACGGAGACUCCUCCCACUGUAGCAACGCGUCUGUCCACAGCAACCAGGAGGCAGGUCCGAGCAUUAAGCGCACCAAGACGAGUGAUGACAGCGGUCUAGACAUGGACAACGCUGCGGAGAAUGGGGGCGGGGACUCUGUGAUCGAUGGCGGUGCCAGCGAAAUAGAACUGGUGUUUAGGCCACAUCCCACCCUGAUGGAGAAGGAUGACGGUCACAACAGUGUGGAGUUUGUCCCUCGCUACAUUAAGACGUCCGGUAACGCUACAGUAGACCACCUGUCCAAAUACCUGGCGGUCAGACUGGCUCUGGAGGAGCUGAGAAGAAACGCGGAGGCCAGUCCUGUUAAUGUGGAGGCAGCUUCAGAGAAACAGUACACCAUUUACAUCCCUACCGCUGGGAACCAGUUCACUGUCCUGAAUGGUUCCUUCUCCCUUGAGCUGGUCAGCGAAAAGUACUGGAAGGUGAACAAACCCAUGGAGCUCUACUUUGCUCCGACUAAAGAACACAAGUAGGCACACAUAAAAAAAAAAACACACAUGCACAUACACACACAUAGAGACACACACCCACACACACACACCAGUAGGACGUAGACAUAUGGACUGUGACACACCUGCACACACAGAAACAAGAGGAGAAGAAUGUGAGUGUCUGAAGGAGACGAGAGGGGUUGUCGAAACCCUCAAAAGGACUCUUGUAAAAAGGAAAAAAAACUUUUUUUGUUUUAUAUUCUCUUUCGCUGUGUCUCUUUCUAUAUCUCUCUCUGUAGAAGGUAGCAGAUCAGUACAGCAGCCAGCAGGUACAUUGAGGCGAUUAUGGGCUGUUGACAAUAUUUGUAGAUUCUCUCAAACCCUAAAAAAAAACAACAACAACCAGUAAAACCAUUGUAUUCUACUGCUAUUUGUCUUGAGCAAAGGCCCCUCUGCACUCAUGGGAUUUUGGUCCGUACCAGACAAAAGUUGACUGUGAGAGAAACGUGGGGGGGGGAAUCUUUGGUUAUCAAUCCCAAACCCUGGUCCCAGAUCUCACUGGGACAUGUCCACCAAUGGAGACCAAGACCACCUGUGUCAAAUGUCUUCCAGUAUCUGAAAUUUAGGGCCGUGUUGACAAAAUGGGACUGCAGCUCGGAAAAGGGCCAAAUAUGAUGCAGAAUACGCAGGCCAAUGGCAGCCGGCCAUACGCGUAUACCACGCGGGUGUGGGCGUUUUCACCCGUACACAGCCAUUUAACAUGAAUCUGACAUGUAUGGAAGUAAAGAAAAGCCAUAAAAAAAAAAAUGAAUUUUAGAGUCAGCUGAAGACCUGUUCACUACUGAGUACUUCAUGUUAAAGGUAAAAGGUUGCUCAUCUGAACUGAUCAGACCGAUCCAGGCUCGAUUGAUUGUCCUUUGGUAGCCUGAAUGUUUAAGUUAAACAUUUUCAUUGUCAAUUUCCCGAUUCCAAUCUUAAGCAACUUGAUGUUUAGAAUUAACUUGAACUUUUGGAUCUGAAUCUUUUAAUGUAUUUGUUUUGAUGUGGACCCGUGUGUCUGAAAUAAAGGUGAAUGGAAAUGUUCUGUCUGAAUUUGUUGAACCCUAAAUAGUUUUUAAUAAUUGCGCAUAACUUUAGAAAUGAGUUACUUGACAUUUUGAAAAGGGAACUGUAAACCCAUUCAUUCAGACAGAAGGUUUUGAAAGUAAAAAAAAUGUAAAUGCUCAACAUUAAUUAAUCAGAAGUGAUUUAAUUUCAUAAUUAGGUUUCAGUUGAUUAUGAAAUUCAAAUGAUUAUGGCUGCUCUUUGCUUCUAAACUGGUAUUGGACAGCAUAGCACUAUCAUUUCUAUAUUGGACAGUCAACCAGGAUUUCAUUAGACCCAUCUGGCACAGCGUGACCCGCUCUGUGGUGUAAAGGGGCCUUUGAGAAACCACCUGGAAGACCAUAUGUUGAAUACUUCGAGGUAGAAUGUGCGUUCACACUGACAAACUUCACCGUUUUGUCCAGCAGUGGGCAGUGCAAGCAUCCAAUAGCAUCUAUAUAGUGAUAUGAAGCUACAAAGAUUGCCAUUGUUUUAUUAUUAUUUGUUUUUGCCCGAUCAUUUUGUAAGUGUUCUCUAAACUUUUUUUUAUUAUUAUUAUUAUUUUUUUUUAUAUAUAACCUGUCUUUCAAAUAAAACUAGAGAACAGUGAAGGUUGGAGUGACUGCGAUGUUUUUGUUAGAGAAGGCUACUGUGUGGAACGGAGUCACUGUUAACGGGGAACAAUGGGAGAGCUCCAGAUGAAUGGGGCUCCGGUUGCUCUCUGGCCACCAUGCUACCAGUGUGAACGCAUGAGAACAAUCCAGCUCCACCACCACCACCAGGCCUCGUCUUUCUGUUCGUAUUAAUACGGCCGGGGGUUUAGUGUACAGCAGAAAAAGAUACCCUCCUGUUGCUGUUGUCUUGAUCUGUUGCCUGUAGAAAAACAAAUAUCUGUGGCUGCUCUCUAUGGCUUGUGUUCUUUUAUAAAUGUCUUUUGUAACAUGUUGA